AUGUCAAAAGCCACUUUAAAUAAGAUAUUUAGUCAAGUCUGGCCCAAAUGCAUGACGCAUAGCAACAUUGUGAAUGGAUUUGCGGCAACAGGAUUAUUCCCGUUUAAACCUGAAGCUAUACCUGAGGAAGCAUAUGCCCCAUCAGUUUUGUCUGAAAUUGCAUGGCCACAAACUAGCGUGGAGCCCAUACAAAGUCCUUUAUCUGACGUCAUAUUGAACGAUGACACUGAUGACGAUCUAUCGAUAUGUGAUUGGCUCCUGCAGAACUCUACAUCUGAUGUAUUAGGCGUGAUUUAG